AUGUCGCAGCAGCUGCAACUCACAAAGGGCAAGAUUACACUCAAGGGGUCGGCGCGCAUUGUCACUGAGUUUUUUCUGUAUGGCAUAAGCAGUAUCCUAUUCCAGCGCGGAAUCUACCCAAUGGAGGACUUUAAGACGACGAAAAAAUACGGCAUCGACGUGUGGGUUUCGAACGACACGCAGGUGCAGCAGUACCUGAAGCAGAUCAUGGAGUCGGUGCAGGAAUGGCUAGAGGCAGGCAAGAUCAACAAGCUGGUGCUUGCCAUCAACACAUGCGAGACGCGCGAGACGCUCGAGCGCUGGCAGUUCGACAUCCAGCUGGUGGAGGACGAGGAGGGAGGGAAGGCAAAGCCAGCCAAGUCGGACAAGGCGCUGCAGAUGGAGAUCCAGGCGAUUUUCCGGCAGAUUGCAGCCAGCGUGUCGUUCUUGCCAGUUAUCGAGGACAAGUGCACGUUCAAUAUCCUGGUGUAUGCGGACAAGGAUGCUGAGGUGCCGACGACGUGGACCGGACUCGGACCCGCUGCACAUCAAGAAUGCGGAGCAGGUCAGGCUGCGGCUCGUUCUCGACCGAUGCGCACCGGGUGGAGGCAAUGGUGGCGUACCGACGUGAUCUGGAUCUGUGCUAAUUAA